AUGGUAACGACAUUUACAAAAGAUCCUAUUCAAAAAUAUUCAUCAGAUAAUGCAGUGCUAGAUUGCUCUUCAGAUAAUAUUAACCUAGGUUGCCCUUCAAAAGACUUUAGCCAAGGUUGCUCUUCAGAAGAUACUAGCCUAAAGUGCUCUACAAAGGAUACUAGCCUAGGUUGCCCUUUAGAAGAUAGUAGCCUAGAUAGCUCUUCAGAUGAUACUAGCCUAGAUAGCUCUUCAGAUGAUACCAUGCAAGAUAAUGCUUUAGAUGACAGGAUGCAAGACAACUCUUCACCCAAUAUUAUACUUUCCGAUUCCCCAUAUCAAUCUGCUGAUCAGGACAGAAAUUAUUUAAGCCACCUCAAAAUAGUUGUUAUAAACCCGGAUGCGGUAGCUACCUACGUGACGUCCGUCUACACUGCAGCUUGUAACAACACCCUGGACGCCAUAGACAAGAGCCGCAUCAACGAACAAAACAGCGCUGGGGAGACGCCGCUGAUGAUCGCCGUCAGAGAACAAAACCCCACGGCCGUCACGAUGUUAACACGACACGGCGCGGAUUUAGAAAUAAGUAAAGACCCAGACGGUAAAUUUACCGCCUUGUCUUUGGCAGGCGCGAAGGAACACGUCGAUGUUGUUAAGACUUUAGUCGGUCUAGGAGCGCGCGUGGAUUGUAUCGAAUCUGGUACUAUUUUAAAUAUGGCACGAGAGAAUGGGUUUUUAGAAGAUAUUGUGUACCUGGAGAAUGAAUUCCGGCGUCAUGAAGGACUGGAAAGUUCGGCGUUGUAUCUCGCGGUUGAGGGAGGAGAUCUUGAAACGGUGCAGGCUCUGGUCAAAUGUGGGGCGGAUUUAGAUAAACUGGACAAGUUUGGCCAGACAGUCCUGCAGCGUGCCAUUAAUUCCAAGCACACGGACAUUGCCGAGUGUUUAAUUCAUGCUGGGGUCUACUUGGAUAGCAAGGACUUUUAUGGACGGACGGCCUUGUCGCAAGCGUGUUUAAACGUUUCCGCUUUCAAUUUAGACAAAAAGAAGAAAUUAAUUAGUUUACUUCUUGAAAAGGGUGCCGAUCCAAACAUAAAAGAUACUCGUGGGAGGUCCUUGCUUUUCAGAUCUCUAGAAGAAAAUCAUCUUGAUCUGGCCAAUGUUUUGAUUGAAGGCAACGCUGAAGUCAAUAUAGCCAACGAAUUAGGAGAGACGCCAUUGAAUAUUGCUGUUAAUAGAAACGACACAGAUAUGAUAAAAAAUUUGUUGAGAAAAGGGGCCGAUGUUAACUUAUACGGAGGGAAAUUUCUUCCAAAUCCAAUCCGUGUGGCGGAAACAGGAAAUGUUGAGAUGAUGAAAUUGUUUCUACAACACAAAGCAGAUGUAGAUGUUAAAGUAAAUAGGGUUAACGCCCUUUUUAUUUCCAUUGAGAAGAACGACACAAACAUGUGGGAACUUCUUGUGGGUAACGGGGCGGGGCUCGAAGCUGUAAACACCCGGGGGGAGACGGCGUUGAUGAUGGCGGUUAAAGCUGGCAAUAUUGACCUGCUACGUCAUUUGGUGCAGCACGGAGCAGACGUCGAUUGUCUAAACAGCAGACGUGUCAGCGCUCUGUAUGAAGCCGUGAUACUCGGGAGCUGUGAAGCUGUGCAGCUUCUCGUAGAAGCCGGGGCCGCGUUGGAUACAGUUUAUUUCAAUGAUGGCUCCAUCCUACAUCAUGCUUUAAGAAAAAAGAAAAAGGAUAUCGCGGAAUUGAUUGUUAGAACAAAACUAAAUCUGGUAAAUACAAGAGAAGAAAUCGAUAUGUCUAGAACAAGUGACACAGACGAAUUCGACUUUAUCAAUGUUGUCAAUAGGAGAAUGCAGACUGCUUUACACAUUGCAGCCAGUAUAGGUAGUAGUUAUUUAGUAAAUUUGUUAACAGACGCUGGCGCUGAUGUAAAUAUGACAGAUGAUAAUAACAAAACCGCUUUACAAAUCGGUUUACACAAUAUUGACAAUAAAGAUAUGGUGGAGAUAUUGCUAGAAGCAGGAGCGGAUCCCAAUGUUUUAGAUGAACACGGGGAAACGCCUUUGCUACACGCAGUAACCUGUGCUCAAGGUUUUCCUCUAGUACGUUUACUGGUCCAAUAUAAUUCCAAUGUAAAUAUAAAAAAUAAACACGGCCAAACGCUGUUGAUGUUAGCUAUAGAGAAAGGCAACAUCGAGAUAAUUAAUCUCUUGCUUGACCAUGACGCGAAGGUUGUACAUAAAACAUAUUUAGGAUUGGCUUCAGUACAGCAAGCCUUUUUGAAGCGAUCAGUGAUCAGCCUGGGGUCUUUGAUUCGCGCCGGGGCGGACAUCAGUGCCAGGAACUCAAUGGGAGAAACAUAUCUUAUUCAGUCAGUGAAACGUUUAGAACUAGAAAUGGUUGAUCUGCUGAUAAAAUCUGGAGCUGAUGUUAACGCACAGGAUAACGGAGGAAAAACUGCCCUUAUGCAUAAUACUGUCACACACCACCCGAGGUUUGAUAGAAUAGAGGAGCUCUUGUUGACGGCUGGUGCCAAUGUGAACAUACAAGACAACAAUGGAGAAACUUAUCUUAUACAAAUGGUGAAACUUUCAAGAAUAGAAACCGUUGACUUGCUGAUAAAAAGGGGAGCUAAUGUUAACUUACAGGACAACGAAAGAAAAACUGCCCUAAUCCACAACGCUGAAACAGAUUUCCCAAGUUUUUCUAGGAUUGAAGAGCUCUUGUUGGCGGCUGGCGCUAACGUAAACAUACAAGACAAGAAAGGUAAAACGGCUUUGAUGUACACGGCUAAGUACAAAAAGUUUCACACUAGUUCACAGUUACACACCGCGGAGAGUAUCAACAUAAACAUAGAGGACAACAAGAACAGGACGGCUUUGUAUUAUGCCUUUAAGAAUAUUCACGGAAUAUUGUCAAGCUAUAGCUUAAAUAAUGUCAAUGGAAGUAAAUUCAACGCUGAAAUUCUGUUAAAUCUUAAAAUCAAUCCUUGUUUAAACAUUGACCAGCGGAUAUUUGAGAGCUUGUUUUCUCGGUGUGGUAUUUUAGCUUUCAAUGACAAAAUCUCCGACUUCAACAGAUUUGAACACAUGCGGUUGUGCGUGAGUAACGGCUACAUGUACAAACCUCAAAAUCACGAAACCCUGUUUUGUCUGGCCAUGACGAAUCUUAGAGUAGACGCUAUAAAGUACCUGAUUUCAAACUGUUACCUAAUGAACAAUGAUCUUUCCUUAAUGCGGGCUGUUAGCAAACAUCCCCGUGUCAAUAUCCCAACAAUUAAACUUGCAGCUUGCAACCCGUGGCCGUUGGUCAAACUGGCCUUCAUCGCCGUGUCCACUCGCCUUGGUUCCGGUGCUAACAGAACGCAGCGGAUCCAAAGUCUAGAACUGCCCUUUGACCUGCAGGACGCCCUGAUGUUUAGAACCCCCAUAGCCAGGCUAGCAAGGAAAAAAUGGUCCAAGAUCCCCGUGUGUUUUGAUGUGGAGGAAUAUGAAAAAUUGGAGAAUCCGCGACCUUUGUUGAGAUUCUGGCCGUACGGUUGUUUUUUAAGGCUGUAG